GUUGCGACCCAACACGUACUACUGAUAAGAUCAAUAGGACACAUUGACAAAUCAUGAAAUGCACGAGUUACAUCGCUCUGACAAUUUGGUGUUUACUUUUCAUGGAGACUACAGGGAAGUCCACAGAGGAGAUAUUGCGAAUAGCUUUGAAAGAAGUUGACGUAUUGCGAUUGGUUGUGAUGGACCUUAGGAACGUAGUUAUCCAACAGGAUAAACGCAUUACUGGUCUCAUGACGUCACAAAUUCAAGACCAUGAUAAAAUAAGGAGACUUGAACGUGACUAUAGAACUUUACGAAUGAAUUCCAUUUCCUGUGACAAGCAGUCGAUGCAAUCUGUUGAUGAACCCCAGACCAAUGAAAUGAAGCUUGCCAAUUUGUCUAAACAUAUACCGCCCAUGGUAUCGACUGUCAGUGAAACUUCAAAGAAUGGAAACAAUGAUGAAUUAUCAACAUCUCCCAAGACAAGACAGCUCGAGGAAAUUGUGGCUUUUUAUGCUUACAUGUCCUCUGACCUUCAAUCCGGAAUUCACCAUACCAUUCCUUUUGAUGUGGUGAAGACGAACGAUGGCAAUGGAUAUCACUACAAUACAGGGAUAUUCGUUGCUCCAGAAAGUGGGGUAUAUGUGUUUACCUGGACCAUUCGAAUGACAUUUGAUUCGCAACACUCAUUUGAACUCGUUGUCAACAAUGUAGCGUAUGGAGCAACAUUCAUGCGCACGCACACACCGGAAGACCAAAAUGUAAGCGGAACGGUUGUCGUUCAUGUUAACCAAAAUGACGACGUAUUCCUCAGAACACACGUUUCCUACGCCUAUAACGCGGGAAAUAUCCGUAGCGAUCAAUAUAGCAGAUCUUCAUUUGCGGGUUGGAAGCUGAACUAAAAUGAUAAAAACUUUUUAUUUCUUUGUCCAUUUAAAUUUCUCACUUGUCGACAACACUUUGUCUAUUGGAAACUCAUAAUCCUUUGUAAUCAUGACUUGUUUUCAAAGUAAAAUUGUCCCCUUUCCUGUUAAUGAAGAAGUACAAUAUUAAAGCAAUAACGAGCUGCUAAA